AUGCUGGAGAGGUGGUACAAUCAGCCCAUGGGGCGUGACGAGGCGACAUGGGCUGCUGUGAACGUGGUUCUCGCAUUGUCCUUGCGUCAAACAGACAAGCAGGAACGUGCUGAUAGCGAGCUGGCGACUAACACUUAUAUCAGCAAUGCGCAGUCCGUACUGAACGGUUUGGUGACACGAUCAGAGGAUCUGAAGGGGCUCCAGGUUGUUCUGGGACUGGUGAUUUUGUUUCUUUAUACCUCGAAUCCCUAUCCGUCGUGUGUUUUGAUCGCAACAGCAAUAAAGCUGGUCCACCGCCUGAGACUCCAUACCAAGGAGGCAAAGGCUUACAUGGAUCCCGAAACGGCUGCCCAAGGAGAUCGGUUGUUCUGGAUAGCAUACAUCCUCGACAAAGACAUAUCGAUGCGUGCCAUUGAGCCUUACUGCCUGCAAGACAACGACUAUGAUGUCGACAUACCUACAAACACUGUCGCAGAGCAUGUGCCAGGGACCUUGGUCUCCAGUGAUGGAACUUUGAGUCUUAAUUUCUUCCACCACCGAGUUCAGCUCGCACGGAUACAGGCCAAAGUUUAUGACUGGACCUUUUCAGUCCGUGCAAAGAAGCUAUCGCAAGAGCAGCAUCAGGCUGCAUCGAGACGGGUUCAGCAGAUGAUCCGGCACUGGAGAUCAAGCCUGCCUAGCGAGUUCCAGGCGGACAAGCUUAGCCUCUCAAUGGGCGGAAACAUGCUCAGGCAUCUCAUCUCUAUCCACUCAACAUGUGGUCACUGUCUGUUCAUGGCACACAGAAUCCAUGCCCGCGAUGCAGUUUGGAUCCAACAGCUUACGGAAUUCAGCGAUCAAUUUGUCAAUCCAGGAGAGUUAAAUCUUGGUAAUGAUAACUCAGUCCCAAUGGUGCGCUCGGAGGCCUGGCAGGACUUUUUGCAGACGGCAAGAUUGGGUAUCAAACUGAUUAAUCUGAUAAGCCCGAGCGAUACUGGGCUGGUAUGGAGCGUGACCUGUGCAUACCAGGCAGCCCUGGUGAUUUUAAUUGCCAACAAUUUAACGGUUUCUUCACAUACACACCACGACUGGAUAGACUAUGAUGCCGGACUUAUCGAUGAGUCCGUGGCAGCAUUGGACAAGCGAAUUAGAGACGCUGGGAAUUUGCCAGUGAUUCGAAAUGUUCUGACUGCUUGCUCAGAGCUGAACCAAAGAGCUAAGCUUGCUGUUCGUCUACACCGCAUGCGCAUAGAGAAUGAGAUGUUGCGGUACGGGGGAUCUUUGUUCGAGGUAGAUCUUGCAGCGGUCGAGGAGGAGAUCUUUGGAACCCAAGCAACGUAA